ACCGGGGAGAUCAACGAAUCAGAUUCGGAUGUCCCAGAUGAACGGGAAGUUUACAAUCUUUGUUGACACCCGAGCUACACAUUUAGGUACAAUUUCUUAGCGAAAUUGUUGAUUUUUGUCUAAACAAAGAAAAGAUGGUUUGCGACAAUUGUGAGAAGAAGCUGGGCAGGGUGAUAACUCCAGACACCUGGAAGGAUGGUGCGAGAAACACUACAGAGAGCGGUGGGCGGAAGCUGAACGAGAACAAGGCUCUGACAUCUAAGAAGGCCAGGUUUGAUCCUUAUGGGAAGCCAGGAAAGUCAGGCUUUGGCAUCUGCAGAAUCUGCAAGAGCUCUGUUCACCAAUCAGGAUCUCACUACUGCCAGGGCUGUGCCUACAAGAAAGGUAUCUGUGCCAUGUGUGGGAAAAAGGUUCUGGACACCAAGAACUACAAGCAGACCUCUGUCUGACAGGCUUCUGACAGGCCACCAGUAGGACCAGAGGGAGAGGGGAGGGAGGAGAAGAUAGUGGGGGAGGAAGGUGUGCACGAGGAGAAGAUAGCGGGGGAGGAAGGUGUGCACGAGGAGAAGAUAGCGGGGGAGGAAGGUGUGCACGAGGAAUGACGACUUUAUCCUGUUGUUCAGACCCCCUGACUGUCUAAAACACUCAUAGCAGAGUUGCAGUCAAGGGGUUUUUACUCUCUGUGUGUGUGUGUGUGUGUGUGUGUGUGUGUGUGUGUGUGUGUGUGUGUGUGUGUGUGUGUGUGUGUGUGUGUGUGUGUGUGUGUGUGUGUGUGUGUGUGUGUGUGUGUGUGUGUGUGUGUGUGUGUGUGUGUGUGUGUGUGUGACAGAUGUGGAGCAGGGUUUCCCUCCCUGUUGUAAAGCUCCUAUAAUUUUCAGCUUUGUAGCAGCAAUACGUGGCCAGCACUGUUCCACACACCAAAUCGGAGGCUACUUUUAGUUUUAAUAGCUGAACUGAUGGUUUCUCUCCUUUUGUGUCAAAUCUGCUCUGAUACAGGAGUUUCCUUUCAUUGAUUCUUUGUGAAUUAUAUCAAGUGGUAUGUUUUUUGAGUGCAUUAAAAUAUUCAAUAUGUAACGACAA